AUGAAGGGAUGCAUCCCCUCCCCUAUCCGGCGGUUGGUUGUAGAGGGAGGAAAUCUCCGGCGGCGAGGUCGCCCACCGCACAAACGCGACCCGCCGGAGCCCCCAUACGACGUAAGAGAGAGAGGGAGGAAGAAGAGCACCUGCGACGAGCUGGGGGUGGCUUGGGCGGAUAUGGACGGCGAGCUCGCCUACAGAUCCUCGCCGGGGAGAACGCGAUGUGGCGACGAUUUGGUUGACGAGGACCACCGCCACUGCCCCCGCCAUCCCUUACCUCCGUGGAUCCCGCGCGCACCCGGCCGCCCACCCCCACUCCUCCGCGGAUCCCGCGCGCACCCGGCCGCCCACCCCACUCCGCAUCGAUUCCCACCGCGAAUUCAGCCGCCAUGCCGCUCCCGAUCCCCUGCACCCGCCAUCGACUGCUCCCCUUGCCCCCGCCUCGCCCCUCCAACCGCCACACCCGCCUCGGACGGAAACGGCCUCGGCCCCGGCCCCGACCCCGGUGUCUUCCUAUCGCCGCGCGCGCUCUCGCAGCUCGACGAGCUCGCGGCCUUCCGCUACGAGCACGCCUUCCCGCACGGUCUCCUCACCGUGUGCGCCCUCUCGCGCGGCCCCGACGACGACGCCAUGGCCGAGGCGCUCGUCCGCCUCCUCCUUCUCCGAGACCGUGCGCUGGGCCCGGCCCAGCGGUACGCGCAGCUCCUCACGUUCGUCAUCCGCAGGUACCUCCACGACCGUCGCGGGCUCGCGCCGCACGCCGCGGUGCUCAUGGGGUUCUACCGCCCCACCGACGUCGGCGCCGGCAACGCCAACGCCGCCCCGGAGUACGACAAAGGGGAGGGUGGGGAUGAAGGGGAGAUGGCGUGCACCGCGGAGGUGUCGUUUGACGCGGUGGGCGCACCAGGGGCCCCGCCCACUCCGCCGCUCAACUUCCCCUACAUCUGUAACAUGACUGUGAAGACGCCACUGAGAAGGAGAGGAAUUGGAAAGCAACUUCUUAAGGCAUGCAAAGAUCUGGUUUUCAAGAUGAAUGACAAAAGACGUGUAUACCUUCACUAUAGAAUAAUUGACCGAGUCCCAUUCAACAUGUACACGAAAGCUGGAUACAGUAUUAUCCAGACUGACAGUAUAUUGGUCUGGCUGAGCCUUCAAAAGCGCAAGUACUUGAUGAGCAAGGAAUUACCCCAAGCUCCUGUUGUUAGUGAGACUUCAACCAAAAACUUUGAGUGAUAAUAUUUGACAAGCUGAAUGUGCCACGGGACCAACAGGUACACAUAAAAGUAGAUUUUUGUGUAUAAUGGGGGUUCUGUUUACC